GCUACGCUGUCUCUCCGCGCAGGCUCACUCGUCGCCGCCGCGCCUGCGGCUUCCGGGGUUGGCGUCCUCAGCGAAGGCCGGACAGGCUCACAGAUGGCCCCGCUGCCGGGGGCAGAGCUGGUCCAGAGGCCGCUGCAACUCUACCGCUAUUUGCUGCGUUGUUGCCGGCAGCUACCGACCAAGAGCAUCCAGGAGCACUACAAGCAUGCUGUCAGGCAGAGUUUCCAGGUUCACUCAGAUGAAGACAACCCUGAGAGAAUCCAGCAGAUUAUUAAAAGAGCUAUUGAAGAUGCUGAUUGGAUCAUGAAUAAAGUUCUUCUUCCGCCUGAAAAUCAUCUCCUGCAAACAAGACUGCUUGAAGAGAAAGCACUGUAUAAAAAACAAAGCUAAGAGUCCGGAGCCCACCGUGAGGCUGUCCUAGAGACACUUGAAGCCGGGAAGCCUUUCUUCUGGAAUAUUCUUUGGCCUUAUUGACUAAAAUGAAGAAAUCAAAGGAGCCACUGGAUUUGAUCUGGUGGCUCUUCUCAGCACAGCCAUGUUGCCAGCAUCUUUUAUGUUUGCCCUUCCAGCCUGGAAUGAUGUGAAAGUUGGAGAGAAUUUGGUGUUUUUUUGUUUUUUCUCUGUGUUUCUCAUUUUUGUUUUUCUGUUCUUUUACUUUGGUCUGAAGGCGAUCCAUUUAUUGUGGAGCUCCUUUUACCAUUCUCUGAGCCCCAGAGCAGAUGUGCCCUCAGGUGAUGGCCUGUACAGAGGAAAGAGAGUGGGCUUCGGAAGUCGGCAGCUGUGGAUCUGAAUCCCAGCGCACACGUGGCUUCCCAGCUACCGCCUAAGAACUGUUCCGUCCUGCACGAGGAUUGUGUGAAAUGAGGCCAAAGUGCCCAAUGCAGGCCCUGGUGCAUAGGAUCCCUGUGAGGAAGCUGCUGCUCUGCCCCUCCCCAGCUGCAGCGUUGCCCUCCCACACAUUGUGUCCUCUUGGUAACUUAUCUGUGACCUUGUCCUGUCCCAGCGAAGAGCUCCACCAGCCGUUCUGUCUGUGCCAUGCUAUGGCCAUCAAUCUGCCUAGUCGCUGUUCCUCCUGUCCCCAUGGCUCCAUGCAUAGAGAAGUCCUGGUCCUCAAGGUGAUGAAUAUAUAAUAUGUGAGACUAGUAAGAAGGUCGAAGUAGCCAGACACCAGCUGCAGUCCCUCAUUGGCCUCCCCUGCUUCGAACCAUCAGGAAGAGUAGAAGUGAGGAAGAGGGGGAGAGCAGGGCCAGGGAGAAGUGACCCAGAUGAGUUAAGUCAUCUUAACAUUUGGAACAUGUGGAAAAGCCACACUGGGAGGUGAACAUUUCCUUGGGGCACUUUGCCAACAGGAUGAGCUAGUGCCUGUGUCCUUGCAGUUAUGCGAGUUAACAGGAUGUCUGUCUGUGUAAAGCUGAUUAAUAAGUGAUGAGGUAAAUGUAUCAAUUUGUAAAAGCUCA